UGGCUAAGCCUGAGGUACAUCAAUGUCUCCUCCAUUAUGAGUAAAUCAAAAAAACAAAAACGAGCAAUUCUGCCUCCACCUAUCCUGGCAGGACUGUCCUCUCGUAAGCGCUCUUCUCUCACCUGGUCACGGAAUUAGGAAAUCCUGUGAAGGCGGAGCAUCUCACGCACUUCGGAGAACCCUUCGUGCACUUCGGAGGUCUGGUCUUCGAAGUCCGUGGCCUUCGAAGUGUGCACACUCAACUUUUGGGACACAGCUUAUAUGUAGCAAGACGUAUCUGUGCAGCUUCAUGAAGACUGAAUAAAUCAUGGAGGACACACAAGCAUUCAGAGACGGAGAUGUUUCUCCAGGAUGCAGUGAGCAGUUAACGGACACUCCAGGAAUAUUUAGGGGAAAACACAUGCCAUCUAAUCUGAGUCAUGACACUCAACUGGACCAAAGCAGAUUCAAAUCAGAUCUGCUGAAGAAGUUUGAGCGUCUGCAUGAAGGGACAGCAAAGCUGGGAAACCUAACUCUCCUGAAUGAGAUCUACACAGAGCUCUACAUCACAGAGAGUGACAGUGGAGAGAUCAAUAAUGAGCAUGAGGUGAGACAGAUUGAGACACAAUCCAGGAGAGCAGCAACAGAGGACACAGCCAUCAAAUGCAAUGACAUCUUUAGAGCUUUACCUGGAAAAGACCAAGCCAUCAGAACUGUGCUGACAAAGGGAGUCGCUGGCAUUGGAAAAACAGUCUCUGUGCAGAAGUUCAUCCUGGACUGGGCUGAAGGGAAAGAGAAUCAGGAUGUCCAGCUCAUAUUUCCACUUCCUUUCAGAGAGCUCAACUUGAUGAAGGACAAAACACUCAGUCUUUUAGAUCUACUUCAUAUCUUUUUCCCUGAAACCAAAGAAAUAGAAAUAUCCAGUGAUGAAUAUAAAGUGUUGUUCAUCUUUGAUGGUCUGGAUGAGUGUCGUCUGUUUCUGGACUUUAAGAGUAAAGUGAAACGGUGUAAUAUAUCUGAAUCAGCCUCAGUGGACGUGCUGCUGAUGAACCUCAUUGAGGGGAAUCUGCUUCCUUCUGCUCUCAUCUGGAUCACCUCCAGACCAGCAGCAGCUGAUCUCGUCCCCUCUGAGUGUGUCCAUUGUGUGACAGAGCUACGAGGCUUCAAUGACCCACAGAAGGAGGAAUACUUCAAGAAGAGAAUCAGUGAUCAGAGUCUGGCCAAUACAAUCAUCUCACACCUGAAGUCAUCAAGGAGCCUCUACAUCAUGUGCCACAUCCCAGUGUUCUGCUGGAUCUCAGCCGCUGUUCUGGAGAAGAUGUUGAAUCGAGGAAAGAGAGGAGAGAUUCCCAAGACUCUCACUCAGAUGUACACACGCUUCCUGAUUCUUCAGACCAACAUCAAACAAGAGAAGGAUUAUGAUAAAAAUGUCAAAGAGGAAGAAAUGAUUGUCAAACUGGGGAAACUGGCUUUUGAGCAGCUUGUGAAAGGAAACCUGAUCUUCUAUGAGGGAGACCUGAGAGAGUGUGGCAUUGAUGAGACAGAAGCAGCAGUGUACUCAGGAUUGUGCACUCAGAUCUUCAGAGAGGAGUCAGGCUUGAAUCAGGGGAAAGUCUUCUGCUUUGUUCAUCUGAGCAUCCAGGAACAUCUAGCAGCUCUAUAUGCACAUCUCUCCUUUACAAAGAACUACAUAAAUGUGUUUGAGCAAACUGAACAAAGUCUCUUCUUUAAAGUUUUAAACUGGAUUUAUAACAUGCUGUACUGGUUUCUGAAUUAUUCAUUAUCUUGUCUGCAUCAAAGAGCUGUGGAUGAGGCUUUACUGAGUAAGAAUGGACAUCUGGACCUUUUCCUGCAUUUUCUUCUGGGUCUUUCAUUGGAGUCCAAUCAGACUCUCUUACGAGAACUACUGACACAGACAGGAAGCUGCUCCUACAACAAAGAGGAAACAGUUGAGUUCAUCAAACAGAAGAUCAGGGAGAAUCACUCUUCAGAGAGAUCCAUCAAUCUGUUCCACUGUCUGAAUGAACUGGGAGAUGAUUCACUGAUGCAGGAGAUCCAGGGUUAUCUGAGAUCUGGACAAAUAGGAAAAACCAAACUCUCCUCUUCACAGUGGUCAGCUCUGGUUUAUGUGCUGCUGACAUCAGAGCAGAAGAUGGAUGAGUUUAAUCUGAAACCGUUUAUUGGAGCCCAAAAUCCAGCAGAUGAAGUUCUUCAGAAGCUGCUGCCUGUGAUUAAAGAAUCCAGAUCAGUUCAGUUGUAUGAUUGUGGAGUCACAGAUGAAGGUUGUGCUGCUCUGGCUUCAGCUCUGAGAUCAAACCCCUCACACCUGAGAGAACUGAAUCUGUCUGGAAAUAAACUAGAAGUGUCUGGACUAAAUCUACUCUCUGAUGAACUGAAAGAUCUUCAUUGUAGACUGGAGAAACUGAAGUUGAGGGAUUGUGGAGUCACAGAUGAAGGUUGUGCUGCUCUGGCUUCAGGUCUGAGAUCAAACCCCUCACACCUGAGAGAUCUGAAUCUGUCUGGAAAUAAACUAGGAGCAUCAGGAGUUAAACUGCUCUCUGAUCUACUGAAGGAUCCUCGCUGUAAACUGGAGAAACUGAAGUUGAGGGAUUGUGGAGUCACAGAUGAAGGUUGUGCUGCUCUGGCUUCAGCUCUGAGAUCAAACCCCUCACACCUGAGAGAACUGGAUCUGACUGGAAAUGAAAUUAGAGAUUUGGGAGUCAAGCAGCUUUCUGAUCUACUGCAGGAUCCUCGCUGUAAACUGAAAAUACUGAGUCAUAACUUUCAACUGAUCCAAAGAAUGCUUAAAUUAAAUCUGAGGAAGAAGAGUCAGUGUCUGUAUGAAGGAACAGCGAUGCAGGGAAACUCAACUCUCCUGAAUGAGAUCCACACAGAGCUCUACAUCACAGAGAGUGAGAGUGGAGAGAUCAGUAAUGAGCAUGAGGUGAGACAGAUUGAGACACAAUCCAGGAGAGCAGCAACAGAGGACACAGCCAUCAAAUGCAAUCACAUCUUUAGAGUUUUACCUGGACAAGACAAAGCCAUCAGAACUGUGCUGACAAAGGGAGUCGCUGGCAUUGGAAAAACAGUCUCUGUGCAGAAGUUGAUCCUCGACUGGGCUGAAGGAAAAGAGAAUCAGGACGUCCAGCUCAUAUUUCCACUUCCUUUCAGAGAAAUCAACCUGAUGAAGGACAAAACACUCAGUCUUUCAGAUCUUCUUCAUGUCUUUUUCCCUGAAACCAAAGAAAUAGAAAUAUCCAGUGAUGAAUAUAAAGUGCUGUUCAUUUUUGAUGGUCUGGAUGAGUGUCGUCUGUCUCUGGACUUUAAGAGUAAAGUGAAACUGUGUAAUAUAUCUGAAUCAGCCUCAGUGGACGUGCUGCUGAUGAACCUCAUUGUGGGGAAUAUGCUUCCCUCUGCUCUCAUCUGGAUCACCUCCAGACCAGCAGCAGCUGAUCUCAUCCCCUCUGAGUGUGUCCAUCGAGUGACAGAGGUACGAGGCUUCAAUGAUCCACAGAAGGAGGAAUACUUCAGGAAGAGAAUCAGUGAUCAGAGUCUGGCCGAUACAAUCAUCUCACACCUGAAGUCAUCAAGGAGCCUCUACAUCAUGUGCCACAUCCCAGUGUUCUGCUGGAUCUCAGCCGCUGUUCUGGAGAAGAUGUUGAGUCGAACAGAGAGUGGAGAGAUUCCCAAGACUCUCACUCAGAUGUACACACACUUCCUGAUCCUUCAGACCAACAUCAAACAUGAGAAGGACUAUGAGAAGACAGUCAAAGAUGAAGAUAUGAUCCUCAAACUGGGGAAACUGGCUUUUCAGCAGCUUGUGAAAGGAAACCUGAUCUUCUAUGAGAAAGACCUGAGAGAGUGUGGCAUUGAUGAGACAGAAGCAGCAGUGUACUCAGGAUUGUGCACUCAGAUCUUCAGAGAGGAGUCAGGCUUGAAUCAGGGGAAAGUCUUCUGCUUUGUUCAUCUGAGCAUCCAGGAACAUCUAGCAGCUCUAUAUGCACAUCUCUCCUUUACAAAGAACUACAAAAAUGUGUUUGACCAAACCAAACAAAGUGUGUUAUCUAAGAUUUUAAACCAGAAGAAAAAUGUUUUAUCAUCUGAGCUGCAUAAGAGAGCUGUGGAUGAAGCUUUACGAAGUAAGAAUGGACAUCUGGACCUUUUCCUGCGUUUUCUUCUGGGUCUUUCAUUGGAGUCCAAUCAGACUCUCUUACGAGAGCUACUGACACAGACAGGAAGCUGCUCCUACAACAAAGAGGAAACAGUUAAGUUCAUCAAACAGAAGAUCAGGGAGAAUCACUCUUCAGAGAGAUCCAUCAAUCUGUUCCACUGUCUGAAUGAACUGGGAGAUGAUUCACUGAUGCAGGAGAUCCAGGGUUAUCUGAGAUCUGGACAAAUAGGAGAAAUCACACUCUCCUCUUCACAGUGGUCAGCUCUGGUUUAUGUGCUGCUGACAUCAGAGCAGAAGAUGGAUGAGUUUAAUCUGAAACAGUUUAUUGGAGCCCAAAAUCCAGCAGAUGAAGUUCUUCAGAAGCUGCUGCCUGUGAUUAAAGAAUCCAGAUCAGUUCAGUUGAGGGAUUGUGGAGUCACAUAUAAAGGUUGUGCUGCUCUGGCUUCAGCUCUGAGAUCAAACCCCUCACACCUGAGAGAACUGAAUCUGUCUGGAAAUAAACUAGGAACGUCAGGAGAGAAGCUGCUCUAUGAUCUACUGAAGGAUCCUCGCUGUAAACUGGAGAAACUCUGGUUGAUGUAUUGUGGAGUCAUAGAUGAAGGUUGUGCUGCUCUGACUUCAGUUCUGAGAUCAAACCCCUCACACCUGAGAGAACUGAGUCUGUCAUUUAAUAAACUAGGAGCAUCAGGAGUGAAGCUGCUCUCUGGUCUACUGAAGGAUCCUCACUGUAAACUGGAGAAACUCUGGUUGUAUGAUUGUGGAGUCACUGAUGGUUGUUGUGUUGUUAUUGUUUAA